AUGUCUGAGUCCAUUGUCAACAGCGUCCCGUACCCCUUCAAAUUCGAACCCCCUCAGAGCAUCAAGUCCGGGAAACCAGGCCAGCUCGAGGAAGUGACCUUGUCAUUGAGCGUGCGAGGCAAGAUCCCAUCCAUCCAGGCCUCCCGACUCCGAUCCAUGAUGCUUGAGGCCUCGAAAGACCCGAGCAAGAUUAUCGCCCACGCCUGUUCGUACGACGGUCUUUCGUCCCGGCUGGUAGAAGAGGCCGGCUUCCCGGUCGUCUUCCUGGCCGGGUACGCCAUGGCCAGCUCCUUCGGCCUCCCGGACACCGGAUAUAUCGCGCUACAGGAGGUGUGCGAUAAGAUCCAGCAGACGGUGCGGCAGGUUAGUGUCCCCAUCUUCGCGGACGGGGACACCGGCUACGGCAGCCCCAUGAACGUCAAGCGGACCGUGCAGAGCUUCGCUGAGGCCGGCGCGGCCGGCGUCAUGAUCGAGGACCAGACAUGGCCGAAAAGAUGCGGCCACACCAAGGGCAAAGCAGUCGUUUCGAGGGGCGAGGCGUAUGCUCGCAUCCAGGCAGCCGUCGACGCCCGGAACGAGGGCAAGGACAUCUUCAUCCUGGCGCGCACUGACGCCCUCAUCCACGGAUGGGACGAGGCCCUGGCGCGGGGGCUGGAGUUCAAGCGCAUCGGGGUCGACGCCGUGUUUGUCGAGGCGCUGCCGGAUCGAGAGUCCAUGCAGCGUUGCGUGCGGGAGCUGGACAUGCCGGUUUUCGCAAAUAUCAUUGAGGGCGGGAAGACGGAGAAUCUGUCUGCCAAGGAUUUGGCCGAGUUGGGCUUCUGCGCAGUCGCUUAUCCGUGGACCUUGGUGGCUGCAAAGUUGAAGAGCAUCCGUGAGGCUCUCGAAGGUCUGAAGAAGAGUAUGACAGUGGGGCCACCGCCGAUGAUCUUGUCUUAUGAUGAAGUAUGCAAGGGUGUCGGCUUUAACAAGUAUUGGGAUGAGGAAGAGCGCUACAAAUUUACAGAGUCUGGGUUGGUGAAUUCGAAAGACGGUGCUGAAUAG